AUGGCAGGGGGAAGCAGUACCAACAAUGAGGGAAAUGAACUUAGCAAAGUAGUGAGGCAAUUGGCAGCAGUUGCCCAACAACUGACAAGAAACUCGACUUGUAAUGGGGAUGCCCAAGGGAAGCUUUUUAAGAAGGUGGCUCAAAGUAAACCACCAACAUAUCAAGGGGAGCCUGAUCUUACCAUACUGAAAAACUGGUUGAGGGAGUUUGAGAAGUUGUUUGGAGUUGUAGGAUGCCUAGAAAAUUCAAAAGUAAGCUGUGCUACCUACUAUCUGAGGGGUAAAGCUGACCAUUGGUGGCAACAAAAUGAAACUACAAUUAGGGCACUACCUGGAUUCAAUUGGGCUAAGUUCCAAGAGAAAGAUGGAAAAUUGUCAUUAACUGAAUACUACACCAAGUUUAUUGAGUUGUUUCGUUUUUCUGAAGAGUAUGUUGCUACAGAAAAGGAAAAGGCUAGAAAGUUUGAGAGUGGCUUGACUACUGAUUUUCAGUUAAAGCUGUGCGGGCAAGUGUUUGAGACCUUGGAUGAAGUAUAUGGAAGGGCCGCACACCUUUACACAUUGGAGGAGAAGAAAAAGGAGUUAGCUGAGAUAGAAGGAAGAGAGAAGAGGAAGGAAGUGGGGCAAGUUUAUGGUAACCAACAGGGAAACCAGAACGGUUUUAAGAAGCAUAAGUAUCACCAUAACAACAAUAACUUCCACAAUAAUAAUAACUUCCAAGGUAAUAAUCGUCAAGGAGGACGUAAUAUCAAUGGAGGAACUAAAAACCAUAACCAAGUGAAUAACAAGAAUGGAAGGACUUAUAUUUGCAAAAGGUGCAAGAACAAUCACCCUUGUAGGGAUUGCGAAGGCAAUCUGGUUGCUUGUCGCGCUUGUAAUAAACUUGGGAAUAGGGAGUAUGAAUGUUUCUCUAAGAAUACUAAUGGGAACCGGCAGAACAAUAAUCCAAGAGGAAACCAGUGGAAUUUUCAGGAGAACAACAAUAACUUUACUAGGAAUAAGAAAGUGCAACAGAAUGGGGUGAAGAACAAUAACAAUUACAGUGGGAACAAUCAACAUAAAGGUGGAAACAAUUCCACGAAAGAUGUGAUCACUUGCAUUGUUUCAAAACUGAAAGACUGUAUAGGAUCAGUAGAAGUAGUAGAUCUACCAAUAACAAUUCCUACAUGUGAGGUAGUGAAAUGUACCAAAACCUUUAGAAAUGUGCCUUUAGAAAUAAAAGGGAAAGUAUUCUUGUCUGACCUCAUUGAGUUUGGGUUGAGUGACUUUGAUCUCAUUUUGGGAAUGGAUUGGUUUAGUAAGUACAAUGCUGAGAUCAGUUGUCGGUCGCAGAAAGUGAAAAUGUCACAAAUGGGAAUGAAUCGAUAA